UGCGGGCAGGCGGCGCCCCGAGGCAUCUGGAUAAUCACCCCCUUGAAGACAUCCCCGCCAUCCUGCCUUCCUCCCCGGUCAUUGCCCGACCUCCCUCCAUUCUCCAUCUUCCCAGACCCUUUGUGCUGUUCCUGACGGGAUCUGAUUUACUGUGGACCCCUCCCCUUCCCCAUCUGCCCCCCCCACUGUCCCCUUACCAUGCGCCCCCUUUGUCCCUGCUGGUCCUGCUACUGUCUGCUCCUGAUUUCCUCCUUGGGAGUCCAGGGGACCCCAGUGGCUCCCAGGGCUGACCCUGAGCAAGUCCACCUCUCUUACCCAGGUGAGCCGGGCUCCAUGACUGUAACCUGGACCACAUGGGUCCCCACCCCGUCCGAAGUGCAGUUCGGACUGCAGCUAACGGGCCCCCUGCCCCUCCGGGCUCAGGGCACCUUCAGCCGCUUUGUGGAUGGGGGCCUUCUCCGGCGGAAGCUCUACAUACACCGGGUCACGCUGCGGGAACUGCUGCCAGGGGUCCAGUAUGUUUACCGCUGUGGCAGUUCUCGGGGCUGGAGCCGUCGGUUCCGUUUCCGGGCGCUGAAGAAUGGUCCCCACUGGAGCCCCCGUCUGGCUGUGUUUGGGGACCUGGGGGCUGACAACCCGAAGGCCUUCCCACGGCUGCGCAGGGACACCCAGCAGGGCAUGUACGAUGCUGUUCUCCAUGUGGGAGACUUCGCCUACAACAUGGAUCAGGACAAUGCUCGAGUCGGGGACAAGUUCAUGCGGCUCAUUGAACCCGUGGCCGCCAGCCUGCCCUAUAUGACGUGCCCUGGGAAUCACGAAGAACGCUACAACUUCUCUAACUACAAGGCCCGCUUCAGCAUGCCAGGGAACAGCGAAGGCCUGUGGUACAGCUGGGAUCUGGGCCCUGCGCACAUCAUCUCCUUCUCCACCGAGGUAUACUUCUUCCUCAGUUACGGUCACCACCUGGUAGAGAGACAGUUCCACUGGCUGGAGAGUGACCUCCAGAAAGCCAAUAAGAACCGGGCAGCCCGGCCGUGGAUCAUUACCAUGGGCCACCGGCCCAUGUACUGUUCCAAUGCUGAUUUGGAUGACUGUACAUGGCAUGAAAGCAAGGUUCGCAAAGGCCUCCGUGGCAAGUUCUUUGGGUUGGAGGAUCUUUUCUACAAAUAUGGGGUCGACCUACAGCUGUGGGCUCAUGAGCACUCCUACGAACGCCUGUGGCCCAUUUACGACUACCAGGUAUUUAAUGGCAGCCGAGAGAUGCCCUACACCAACCCUCGAGGCCCGGUCCACAUCAUCACAGGAUCUGCCGGCUGUGAGGAGCGGCUGACCCCCUUCUCCCUCUUCCCGAGGCCCUGGAGCGCCGUGCGCGUGAAGGAGUACGGAUACACGCGGCUACAAAUCCUCAACGGGACCCACGUGCACAUCCAGCAGGUGUCAGAUGACCAGGACGGGAAGAUUGUGGAUGACAUCUGGGUGGUGAGAUCCCUGGUUGGCCGGAUGACGUACCUCUAGGCACAGGGGCAGCUCUCAUCAGGGACCCUGGGCUUCGCUGCCUUGCCCAGUGUGACCAGACACCGCCCAGGCCCAGGUGGAGAGUCGGGGCAGGCCUUGGCUCCCAGUCCUUCUGAGGCCCCGUGUGGAGUGGUUGUAGCCCAAGGCAGCUGGAGCGGCUCUCUCCUCCUGGAGAGGUGGGGGUACCACUGGCUGUGAUGGGAGGGCCGGCGCCCAGGCACAGAGCAAAGCAGGGCAGGUGUGGGGCGGCACAACCCGGCUCUCCUGCAUAACACUCAUAGGGCAGGGCGCCCACGGGGA